GGCCCCGGGCCGGCGGCUGGCGGGGCCCGCGCGGACGUGGCCGCGGAAGUGGGUGGCGGUGCGGGCCGCAGCGCGCCGGGACGGGACCGGACGGGACGGGCUGGGCCGCUCGGAACAGAACCGAGCCGCCUCCCUGUACCGAGCCGCUCCGAACAGAACCGAGCCGCCUCCCUGUACCGAGCCGCUCGGAACAGAACCGAGCCGCUCCGAACAGAACCGAGCCGCUCCGAACAGAACCGAGCCGCAUCCCUGUGCCGAGCCGCAUCCCCGGUGGGCGGCCGCCGACGGAGCCAUGUCGCGGGGCAGCGGGAAGGGGCUCAGCCUGAAGGACAAGCUGGACGGGAACGAGCUGGACCUGAGCCUCUGCGACCUGAACGAGGUGCCGGUGCGGGAGCUGGCCGCUCUUCCGAAAGCUACUAUCUUGGAUUUGUCCUGUAACAACCUCAUUUCCUUGCCGUCAGACUUCUGCAGUUUGAUGCACCUGGUGAAACUGGAUUUGAGUAAAAAUCGGUUGCAACAGCUGCCUUUGGAUUUUGGCCGCCUGGUCAAUCUGCAGCACCUGGAUCUUCUGAACAACCGCUUGGUCACCCUGCCAGUCAGCUUUGCACAGCUCAAGAACCUGAAGUGGCUGGAUCUGAAGGACAAUCCCCUGGAUCCUGUCCUGGCUAAAGUGGCAGGAGAUUGUCUGGAUGAGAAGCAGUGUAAGCAGGCUGCUGUCAAGGUACUGCAGCACAUGAAAGCAAUCCAGUCUGAGCAAGAUCGACAGCGGCAGCGGAAACUCCAGGCAGAGAGAGAAAUGGAGAAGAAGCGUGAAGCAGAACAGCGAGCAAAGGAGGCUCAGGAGAGAGAACUGCGGAAGCGAGAGAAGGCAGAGGAAAAGGAGCGCAGAAGGCGAGAGUAUGAUGCUCAGAAAGCCGCAAAACAGGAGAUGGAAAAGAAAACUAAAAAGGAAACGGUGCACACCCGAAAGCCAGCCUCCAGCUCCCGUCCCCCUCAGCCCCCCCGGCACAAACCCUCGUGGUCGCGGUCAGUGCUGAGAGUCCUGCUCUUUGUGCUGUUCUGCAUCCUCUGUACUCUGGCUGCCUGCAAGCUGACGGAGCUGCAGCAUCAACCUCUGUGCGUCAGUGUGAACACCCUCUACGAGGACGUGGUGGCUGCUCUGCAGAACCACAAAACCCUGCAGAACAUGCUACAGCACAACUCGCAGCACUGAUUGUCUUGGAUGGGCACUUGCUUCAUCAGCAUCUCCUUCCACCAUCUACGCAGCCAGAAUUCCUAUGGAAUUGUGUUCUGAUGAAACUGCUUUGAACCAGUCAGCAUUGGUUUGCUGGUCCACUCCACAGAGCAGAGCUGUUGUUCAAACCAUCUUUGUUGUGCAUGUCUCUCAGUCAGCCUGUAACUCUCAUUAUUUGUGCACGUUAACCUAAACUUGUUACCACUCCUUGCCUCGAAGUACUGUCCACCAGGAUUGUGAGGUACAAGCUGUCAGGAAGCUGACAGACUAUAGGAAUGGGAACAAGCAGCCCUCACGUCACCUGGGUGAUACAGCUGUAGCUCUGAGCUGGAGGUGGAAGGUUUUUAGUACAUAUCCAUUCCUUGCUGUCAUUUCUGUUUGUGCUAAAAUUGGUGGUAUGGCUGUAUGGGAAUAAUACUCUUAAGGCCCCACUCCAGGACCAAUUACAGGCAUGUAGGAUGGCUGUGCAUCCCUAUGAUGUAGCAAAGAGGCUGAUGUGCUAUUGAAAGGAGCUGAAAUUUUUCAAUACAACAGUUUUCACAGCAA